AAAAACGUAUAAGAUUGUAUUUUAAUCUGUCAUAGGCUGUUUCAAUAUGUAACACAAGUUCGAAUUUCUUUUUAAUAUCUACGACCUUAAAAUAAUGUAUUUACAUGUACAAACACACCUAUUUAGUCAGCACAGAAAAGCAAAACACUUACAGCGAAACAAAAGUUCAUUGACAGUCUACAUUUUAUCAAGAAAAUCAUUUCUAAUGCAAAAGAUGUGUUCCUGUCUAUAUAUAAAAAAAAUGUGAUGCGCUUCAUGGAAAAUAGCAAUGAUAUGAUGGGUGGUCACACAUGUUAUCGCUCGCUUAUUUCACUAUCUUAAUGACUUUCUUACAUCUUCGUGUCCGUUCACUUGAAAGGAGUCAGUUCCCUUGACGAUCAGGUAAAAAAGAUUAAACAAAUAAGCUUCCAGUCGUCUGUAGCAAAAUAAACAAGUAAUCGGAAGCCAAACAAAACCCACCGUCGCAAAAAACUGGGAAACUGACCAAGUCCUUCGAAAGGGAACUGUCUGAUUACUCACACUGUAAAUGCUAUUGUCACAAGUUACAAAUGAUGAAUAUUAAUGAUACUUCAACAUAACUAUAUGGGAAAUAAUAUAGAGUAAACAGGAUGGAAGGUGCCUAUAAAAUUCUGUUUCUUUGAUAAUCACUGUGCAUCUAAAAUCAUUAAUAUUUUGGACUAGACUUGACAAGAUUUGCAUUAUUCCCCACUGGUACCGGUAACUAAUUCACAGCAAAGGUGAUAUGAAAUACAGUAUCAUAGAUUGAUGAAUCUCUGAGACGACCACCACCUGUGACCUAAUCCAGGAUAUUCACGUUAAUAUCAGAUGCAACCAUUAGAAAGAAACAGAAUGCCGAGAUAUAUUUUUCAAUUUGAGGAGGAAACAUGUAUAAACCCCUAUGUGCGCACAAGAAAAGUUGCACUGGACAGUUUCAGGAUUUUGUCAUUGAGCAAUCACGGUAAAAGAGGAAGUUAAUCAUUGGCCCCGGACACCGUUAAUGAAAUCAGGCAGAAAAACUGAUGAUAGGAUUAAGGGGUAUCUGAGUGUGUGUUGUCCCGGAACUUCAGUAAAACAACUUUCAUUUAGGAGAUUCUCCCUUCUACUCAUAUGCUUUCCAUGGGAUAAUGAAUGUGACGAAAAGAUGAUCUGAGUUUACAGUUAUAGCAAGCAAACGAUUUGCCAUGCCAAUGCUUGAACCUCGAGAGAUCGUCUAUUUCAACCGUACGUUAUGAUUUUGUUUAUCUGUGAACAAAAGUGCACUAAUUGUAAUUUAAGCUCUCUUGCAUAUCAAAUGGAUCUAGACCUUCGCAUCUAGUUAGUUGAAUUCCAUCGAUUGUGAUGUCGCGUUAUUUUCAACGGCAAAAUCAUAUUGUAUUUGUCAUCUAAAUACAUUGUCAACAAAUUAGAAAUAUAACCACAUUGAACUUUUGUGUUGCUGAUUAAACAAAGCAUCACCUCUUCCAAUCAAUACCUCAGCACAUUCGUUGAGGGGAGCGAAUACUACACUAGUUUUAGCGUUCGGAGUGUUCACCACGUGUUGCUGACCAGCGUGGUUCAUUCGAGGUUAAAAAGUGACGUAACGAGCAUUAUCUGCCAUAUAUGUACACCAACACGACGUCCAAUAAACCACUCCUACACUUGAUCUGUCGUACAACUGUAGGAUAUUUACUUUGUUCAUAUGAAAUCAAACACGAAAGGGGGAGUUCUACACACAACCCAUCCACUAGUGCCGGUUCAACCGAUUCCCCGAGAGUUCUACACACAACCCAUCCACUAGUGCCGGUUCAACCGAUUCCCCGAGAGUUCUACACACAACCCAUCCACUAGUGCCGGUUCAACCGAUUCCCCGAGAGUUCUACACACAACCCAUCCACUAGUGCCGGUUCAACCGAUUCCCCGAGAGUUCUACACACAACCCAUCCACUAGUGCCGGUUCAACCGAUUCCCCGAGAGUUCUACACACAACCCAUCCACUAGUGCCGGUUCAACCGAUUCCCCGAGAGUUCUACACACAACCCAUCCACUAGUGCCGGUUCAACCGAUUCCCCGAGAGUUCUACACACAACCCAUCCACUAGUGCCGGUUCAACCGAUUCCCCGAGAGUUCUACACACAACCCAUCCACUAGUGCCGGUUCAACCGAUUCCCCGAGAGUUCUACACACAACCCAUCCACUAGUGCCGGUUCAACCGAUUCCCCGAGAGUUCUACACACAACCCAUCCACUAGUGCCGGUUCAACCGAUUCCCCGAGAGUUCUACACACAACCCAUCCACUAGUGCCGGUUCAACCGAUUCCCCAAGAGGAAACCUCUUCUUUAAAUAUAAUUAAACAAAAUCGAUUUCUUUGGAUUCGUUCAUUAAAAUCUGCUCGUGUAAAAUUUGUAUUGAUGAAUCAUCCCACGAAACAACUGCUGGGGAACAAAACUGAUAUAUUUUUUGCUAGAUUCAUAUAAACAAAAGGCGCAUGUGACAGGGAACAGUGAUAUAAAUCGACUUGUACUUUAGGGCUGACAUUUAUUGAAUUCAAGGGUCUUCAGACACUGAUCAGAACAUCCUUACCGUGAAAUCUCAAUUUUAUAGAGAUCAAAAGAUCUCAGACAAGGUAUUGAUCAGAUCAGCAACUUUGGAUGUAUGGAACAUUUAUUGCAGGCCCUUUCAAAGGUGUCGGUAUUUUUCUUAGAUAAUUCUAUUUAAGGAGCGGCUUCGUAUGUAGGUCUCGACUUAAGAAUCAGAACAACCUCAUAAAAUGUCCAACACAUCGAUAACAAACACGGUGUGGGCUAUUUCUGUCAAUAGUGUAGUCACACCACGAAUGAUGGUAAAUAUGAAUAAAACAGAAUUGGAUAUCUUACUUCCGUGUGGAUCCAACACGACAAGAUGGGCCCUAACAGACCCAGUGUGUUCACUGAAUUUCCAUUCAUUUUUCUCCUUCGUGUUUGUGGCUGUUCUUCUAUCGCUAAUAACUAUGUGGACAAUCUUUGGAAAUUCAUUGGUGUGGGUUGCGUUGUACCGAUUUCCAAAACUAAGAUCCAUAUCCAACUGUCUAAUUGGAAAUCUUGCAAUGAGCGAUUUGCUGUUGGCUUUAACAGUUUUACCAAUAUCCCUCGGACACGACCUGCUUGGGUACUGGGUGUUUGGAGAUAUAAUGUGUCGAAUAUGGCUUUGUAUAGACGUGUUAUACUGUACAGCUUCUAUAUGGGGACUAGUAACAAUUGCUGUCGACCGCUAUACAGCUACUGUUUACCCAGUAUGGUAUUUUGAGCGGCGAUCACCACGUAGAGCACUGAUUUAUAUUCUCAUGGUAUGGUUUUUCUCCAUAAUUGUGUCCAUUGCUCCCUUUAUUGGAUGGAGAGAAAUGAUUCCCCAUCUUUAUAAAUUCAAUACAGAGACAAAGAGAUAUGAAUGUGUUCUGUUUGAGACGGAAGGGUACGUUGUUUACUCCGCAAUGGGGUCAUUUGUGAUACCGACCAUCUUAAUGUUGUUUCUUUACUUCAGAAUUUUCGGAAUUCUACGUAAACGAAUGAAGACUAUGCAGAUGAAGAAGGGGAAAUUGAAAAUAAACAUUGACCAAGAUUUUGAUAGCUGCCCCUUACAAGACGCAAAUAGUCAAAUUGACCUGAAUUCAACACCAGUCGCUCAAGUAAAAAUGUCUGAUAAAGCCACUCAAAUCAGUCCAGUAACAAAGAAGCAGUGUACGACAUCGCCUACUGGCAAUCUGAAACUGUCAAAAACAAACGUCCUUGAAGACAGUGGUAAUCAGAAAAACACAAACGAGAAUGUAGGCUGUAACGAUUAUGUUUUACCGGAUGUCAUAUGUAAAAGUCAGAUCGAGGAGGAGGAAUCCGAGGACGAAAAUCAACCUUGCCUAUUAGAUAUCAAUGUUAACAAAACUAUCCAAGAAACCCGAAGGGAUUGUGAUCAGAAUCAACCAACAGAAAGGGGGCAAUCUAAAAGCAUAAAAGCAGAUCGUGACAGUAAUAAACGAGCUCCAAAGAAAAAGGCUUCAAUAAAACUUGGUUCGGUAAUGUACAAGAAACGAAAUUCGAAAUCGAAACAUAUUCAAGGAAUAAAGACAAAAUACGAGUUACGAGAACAACGAGCAACGAAGCGCAUGGCCAUUGUAAUGGGAUGUUUCCUGUUCUGUUGGUUUCCAUUCCUCUUUAUGUACCUCAUUCGAAGUUUCUGUGUAUCGUGCUAUCUAAACGUACACAUACAGGCGUCCAUAAUCUGGCUGGGGUAUGUCAACUCCAGCAUAAAUCCCAUUUUAUAUACAUUGUUCAAUGAUGAUUUUAGGAAUGCAUUCAAAAUUAUUCUCGGUUUUGAAUUAGAACAUUCCCGAAGAAACAAAUUAUAAAAUGUAAAGAUGUUGGGUCUAGAUCGCAUAUACAUAUACUGUGUUAGUGUCUAUUGCUGCAACAACAACAAUGUAUUCACCUUAAACUGAAUGUGGCACUUUCACGAGUGUUCAGCUGUUCGUAACUGUACUCACCAUUUUGUUACUUUGUGUGUAUUACAUAUUUUAAAUGUGUAUUUGAUAGAUUGGAUAUUGAAAUAAAACAACUAUUUUUUAAAGGAAGCAACCAUUA